CCGGAAUCAUCAUGAAUCUGACCAUUUUGAAUGGACAUACUUCCCCUGUGUGUACACUUUCAAGCAGAAUUGACCGUUGUAUUUCAAUUCGUAGUGGAAAACGCAAACUACCUUUUGACGUAACGUAAUGUAACUAGGCGAUGUUGUGAGUAAAGUUAUAUUCAUCCAUGAUGAGCACUUCGCGAUGGUUCUUCGAGUAAAAGGGAGUGUGCCAGAGACGUCGAAGAAGCGCGCAAUAUAAAAUUAUGGUAGAAUUUUAGGCUAAUGGGUUGAAAGUGAUGAGCAGUAGCAGUCAUCGAUGCAACGGAAAGAAAUAUAAGUCCAUUGAAGAUGAGCCCGUGACCUCGUUCCCACAUCUCUCUAUAAAUAUGCUUUUCAGGCUCUAUAACGAAGACAGCAGAGUAUACGGCCCUGUGAACCCUCUAUUGAUCAACAAAUUGAGACUCCAGCGCGCAAUGGCGCACCAAGCUGUGAUGUGUACAUCCACGAGCUGGUCAUGGACAUGGAGGUUUAUUGUUUUCAUUCUUAUCCUUCUUCAGGUAGCCGUGGCAGAUGUGUUUCUCUGGCCCGAACCCCAAACGGUGCGUUGGGAAAGUGGUGCGAGGAUUGUUCUCAACCCUGCCUUCGAGAUCAGUGCGCCCGACCACCCCGAGCUCAGUUCAGCGGUUGCUCGAUACGCAGCCUUGAUAAGGACAGAGCGAUGGUACCCGGUGCAGGUCCCGAGGUCUGUUGUGAUCACAAGAAAAGCAGGGACAGAUAGCGAGGUCGUGAUCCUCAAUGUGUUCGUGGUCGACUUGGCUGCGGAUCUCCAACACGGUGUGGAUGAAUCUUACACCAUCGAGAUCAGCCCUACGAGCAGCAAUGCGUCGCUCUCGGCUGGGACGGUGUGGGGAGCAAUGCGAGGUCUGGAGACGUUCUCGCAGCUGCUUCGCGUGGCAGAGCCCUCAGCGAACGCUCCCUUGUACAUAGAACGAGGUGUGUUCAUCUCUGAUAAGCCAAAUUACCCGCACCGCGGAAUUCUCUUGGACAUAGCUCGCAAUUUUUUCCCCGUCGAAGACAUCAAACGAACGAUUCGCGCUCUGAGCCACAACAAAUUGAACGUCCUUCAUUUGCACAUAACGGACGCGCAAUCCUUUCCUCUGGAGAUUAAAUCGGAGCCGGACUUGGCCGUCAAAGGAUCUUUCGGUCCGCAGUUCAUCUACUAUCAAGAGCACGUCGUCGACCUUGUCAGAUACGGCCGGCGUCAUGGCGUGCGCGUCAUUCCAGAGAUCGAUGCUCCAGGCCACACUGCUUCAUGGGGCGGAGCGCAUCCAGACAUUGUCACCUGCCUCGACGAGUUCUGGCUGCCGAACCCGGCAGACUGGAGCCAACGGCUGGCAUCGGAGCCGGGAUCAGGGCAGCUCAAUCCGCUGAUGGACAAGACCUACGAGGUGGUGAAGAACGUGAUCGACGAAGUGGCCGCCCUCUUCUCGGACCACUUCUUCCACGCCGGAGGAGACGAGGUCGCACCGGCUUGCUGGAAGCGUAGCGACCUGGUGACAGACUUCCUCGCCCGACCCAACGACGACGCAAGAAACAACACGCUCAGCGACCUCCUGACCACGUACAUCGAGAGGACGCGCGCCAUGAUCGACGUGCACAACAAGACCGCGGUGUACUGGGAGGAUAUUCUUCUGGGCGCCGAGGUGAAGGUGCAACGUGCGUCCGUGCCGGCGGCCACCACCAUCCUGCAGACGUGGAACAACGGGCCUCUGAACACCAAGACGCUGACUGCAGCGGGCUACCGGACGAUAGUCUCGUCGAACGAUUUCUUCUACCUGGACUGCGGGCACGGCGGGUUCUUGGGGAACGAUUCGCAGUACGACCAGAACUUCAACGACGAUCCGACCAGCACUGUGAACUACGGCGGGAGGGGAGGGUCGUGGUGCGCCCCGUUCAAGACGUGGGCCAGGAUUUACGACUACGACAUCACCGCGAACCUGACGGAGGACGAGGCGAAGCUGGUGCUGGGCGGCGAGGUGGCGCUGUGGUCGGAGCAGGCCGACGAGACGGUGCUGGACGCCAUGCUGUGGCCGCGGAGCGCCGCGUUGGCCGAGAGCCUCUGGUCCGGGAAUCGAGAUCCUGCGGACGCGACGAAGAAGCGCUCGGGCGAUGCGAUCGACCGCCUGAACGACUGGCGGUUCCGCCUCGUGCACCGGGGCAUCAAUGCCGAGCCUCUGCAGCCUCUAUGGUGCCUGAAGAAUCCCCGCAUGUGCAAUUCCGUGUACUAGAUCGACCUCGUUCCAUUCGGCUGCAUCGGCCCCGAUCGCCUGCUCGAUUUCGGAGUCGAUCAUCGUCUGCGUCUGCUCGAGGAGACGAGCCUGAACCAGAGCUCGGCGGGUGGUUCAUCGACCUCCAGGAUGUACUGGCCCACAUUCCGAGCUGGCUUUGGGGGAACUUAUCCCAGCGCUGCGAUGUCGAUCAGGUAUUGCAUACUCUGUUUCUUCUGUGACGAGAAACACAAGGAGGAAUCCUUUAGCGCUUCCUCCCCCCCGCCUCGAUGAUCGACGUUCGUGAGGAACACAGGAGGUAGCUCUGGUCGGGGGUUGGGGGUACCAGUAUUAGGCAUAGUCGGAGGCGUCUCGAGGUCUACUGUCACCCCGCAAGACACGGACCGCAGGACGUAUGACUUGCAGUCCAUCGGUUCGACUUCACGGACGAGUGUCCGGAGAAACUGGUAAAGCAGAUUCAUGCCCUUUAAUGUCGAUAUUUCACUGAUAAAGAUGAAUUUUUUAACACAAUUUCUCUGACAACAUGUCCCGAGAAGUGACAGAAAUUUGUGAAUAUUUGUCCACUUUAGUUGAAGGGUGGGUGAGGCAGCGGCUCUGCAGUACUUGCGCCCUCCCUCCGAUGGACUCUACUCGAAUCCCUUCGGUUGAGGUCAUGGACAAAGUAAAUGGAACCUGCUUUGUAGUCACAAAACGGCCAAAUUCAGGUCAUGACCAUUCAUUCGCAUGUAGAUUCCGAUCCCUUCCCAUCCAGAGACCUUUACAUC